CGGGACCGAUUCCAGCGCCUCGCAGGGCCAAGAGGACUCCGCUGUCUCCGUGCCAGGGCAAAAGCAGCCCAGGCCUGGCUCCCCAGUGCUUCCCAGCAGCGGUGAGGGGUGUCCCGCUUGACGGGGACCGGCGUCCUCCCCGCGGGGGAGAUGGAUUUCCGGGGAGGAUGGGUUUGCGGGAGCCGGGAUCCCCCAUCCAGCGGCACCAGCGAGGCUCUGGGAAGCGGUCAGUGGGGAUGGGCGAGUGCCUGAGCCCCGGCACCGCCAGGAUGGGCUGUGCCGGGCUCCUCUUUGCGCAGCGCACCAGGCUUUCGGAAAGUGGAAAUCCCCGGCCAAGGAGGCGUGGGAGGGAAAAGGGAACGGCCCGAGGCGGGCAGCUGGUGCUCGGCACGGCUCGGCUCGGCUCAGCUCAGCACGGCUGGUUCGGCACGGCUCGGGCACGAUGAAGCCGCGAGGGUAUGGAUUUCUGUUACUGCUCCUUCAUAUCCUGAAAGCUGUUAUUGCACUAGAGAAGAAGAACAUCAUCAGUAAACUUGGAGACAAUGCCACACUAAGUUGCAUUUAUAACGAAAGAGACUUGCAAUUAAAAAAUCUACGAGUAUAUUGGCAAUUAGCUGAUGAUGAUCAAGGAAAGUGUUCAGUUGUACAUGCACUGAUCUCUGGCCAAGACAAUAACAGUAAUCAGUGCAUUCACUUUAAAGACAGGACUCAAUUAUUCUGGGAUAGGUUGGAAAAUGGUGAUUUUUCUCUGCUAUUACUAAAUGUCAGCCAGAGAGAUGAACAUACAUACAAAUGUGUGGUACAGGAGAAAACUGAAUAUACCCAAGUGAUUCACCAGGCAGAAGUGGUUCUCAGUUUAGCAGCGAGUUACAGCCAACCAAUACUCAGUGGACCAAUAAGAAACAGUAGCAGCACUGGAGAGGAAGUGACCUUCAGCUGCAAGUCUGGCAACGGAUACCCAAAGCCCAAAGUUUACUGGAUCAAUAAAGUGAACAACAGUCACCUGAAGCCAUCAAAACUACAGAUCACGCCCCACAGCGAUGGCACUUUCAGCGUUUUUAGCACACUGAGGGUGAAAGCCGCUUCCAACAUGCAAAUAGAGUGCUCCAUAGAAAAUGAGAUGCUGCAGGAAAAUCUAUCAGCCAACUACACGCAGCAGAAGAGAAGCAAUGGUUCUGGCACAGACAGUGACGAAAACCUAGAAAAAGAAGGACGAGGUGCUCAAGCAGCUGGCAUCAUUGCCAUUGUCAUUCUGAUAGGUCUUCUAACUGUUUUAAUCUGCUGGCUGUGGAGAAGGAGGUCCUCUAAUCUAGUGUCGUACACAGAUGUCCAACCAAAUGAAGACCAAGGAGGACUCAGCUAGCACCUGCCUAAAUGGAAGGUCUGCCAACAGUUUGGGCAGCUGGAGAUGUGUCAAGAGAAGCAUCACUCCCUCAGUGGCAGCAUUGUUUGUAAUACAAGUGACAGAUUUCUGCCAAGAGAGAUGGCAAAAAAAAAAAAAAAAAUAAAGCUUCUAGAACACAAGAGACAAGAAAAUCUGCUGGAUUUUCAUUCCAGCCACUGACUGUGUCCACAGAACAGUGGACAGUUGUGUCACCACUCCAGCUCAGCACUUUGAACAGUCGUCUGUGAUUGUCAGUGAUCUGGGCACCUCUAACUGGGGAAAGCAGAAAGCCUGACACUCAGCUGCUCUGUGCCAGACCACUGGAAACUGGUGACUGUCCAGUCUCUCAUCAUCAUCCUCGAGGACUUUGUCAGGAGCAGAAGCAGCCGCGUUUCAGGAGCGUGGGAAGUUCUUGCUGUCACCUUACCCUGAGGAUGACUGCUACAUGUGGAGAAAGGCAGCUAAAAACAAAGAAAGAAAACUGAAGGACUCUGCAAAGUGAGAUUUAUGACCUUUUCCAUGUUUCUUUCUCUUUAGAGAAAAAUCCUUCCAUUGUCUGUUUUCACCAUGUUCAUGUUACUGUGUACAGAAUCAGGCAGAACACUUUGACCCAGUCCUCCAAAAAUGGGAGUUGCUCUAAAGGGGUUAAGUACUGAAUGUGUUAACAUAAGGGAAGGUGCCUUCUUUAAAUGCACUUGAUAGCAACAUUUUGGUUUUUACCAAAUAUUCCACCAAAAAGGGGACUUCCACUUUCGACAGGAGCCAGCUGUGAGAAAAAACAGGCUGUGGAAAUCUGACCAAUUAAAAAUAGUGAUCUCUGCUGUGUUAAUGUCAGGUUACCUGGACUUACCCUUUUCAGGAUGGAACAAAAACUGUGGUUGAUUCUGCUUUAUUCAACUGAAUCUUUAUUUGAGCACUUUCCCGUGGCUUCUGGGGAAGAUUUUAAACUGAAGGUUUUAAACUGAACUUGUGCUUGUGUCUCAUCCUUAUACUCACCCAACAAAACAAAAA